UCCCGGGGUGAGUGACGGGUCCGCCAGCGCGGGCGCGGGCUGCAUGGUGGAGGAGCAGCGCGACUGGGGGAGAGCGUCCGAGGUCUUCACCUUGAACAGAGUCAGCCCCGAACGGCAGCAGCAGCAGCAGCAGCGGCGCAGCGACAUGGAGUCCGACCCCUCCGAUCAACUCAAAGUGCGGCGCACCGAAGACAAAGGAAAGUCCAAAAACAAUCUUGGAUGUUGCGGAAUGAUCUUGGUUAUCAUUUCUUUCUUCUUAAUGCUCAUCACGUUCCCCUUUUCCAUUUGGUUAUGCAUUAAGAUUGUCAAGGAGUAUGAGCGAGCUAUAAUAUUCAGGCUUGGUCGAAUUGUAGCAGGAGGAGCUAAAGGGCCAGGGUUGUUCUUUGUCCUGCCAUGUACUGACUCCUUUGUUAAAGUGGAUAUGAGAACUAUUUCGUUUGACAUUCCGCCUCAAGAGAUCCUCACCAAGGACUCAGUGACAGUCAGUGUUGAUGGAGUUGUAUAUUACCGUGUCCAGAAUGCAAUACUUGCCGUGGCAAAUAUCACCAAUGCAGACUCUGCAACCCGUCUCCUGGCUCAGACUACCUUGAGAAAUGUACUCGGAACAAAGAACCUGUCUCAGAUUCUCUCGGAUCGGGAGGAGAUUGCCCAUAAUAUGCAGACAACCCUGGACGUUGCCACAGAUGAAUGGGGAAUUAAGGUUGAGCGUGUGGAGAUCAAGGAUGUGAAGCUGCCUGUGCAACUGCAGCGAGCAAUGGCAGCAGAAGCCGAGGCUUCAAGGGAGGCCAGAGCCAAGGUGAUCGCAGCCGAAGGAGAAAUGAAUGCUUCCAGGGCCCUGAAAGAAGCUGCUAUCGUGAUCUCCGAGUCUCCAGCGGCACUGCAGCUGCGUUACCUGCAGACCCUGACUACCAUCGCAGCGGAGAAGAACUCCACCAUUGUGUUCCCUCUGCCCAUGGACCUGGUGCAAAAUAUUAUGGGAGCAAGAAAGUGACGUAACUAAACGUGACCACCGUUUGUCUGUAUGUUUUUCCAAUGGCACCUUUGAUUAGAAUGACUUUUAAUUUUCUUUUUCCAUGCAAGGGUACUGGUUUACAUUAAUGAUGGAUUGAUGGUCCCACCUUGAUGGGCUGUCCUGGCCGACACGCACCAUGUAAAUGCUUCCGCAUCUGUUAAAGCCGAGUUUCAGAAUGUAACGAUACAAUGACGGGCAAAUUCACAGCUCACAGUUGUUCUCUAGGCCCGAGCAGACUAUUAAUUUAGCCAUUGCCGGUUUCACAUUUCUAUUGUUCUAGCGUUGACCUAAAUGUCUGAACAGCAAAACUGAGCAGCUUGUUAGCCAUUAAUUUUCAAAGCCAAUACUAUUCUCCACACACUUGCCAAUUUGAUUUAAUACAAUUGAUUCUUCAUUGCAUGAUGCAUGGUCCAGUCACAAUCUUAAAACCUGCACAGUCCAAGUGUGGCCAUUGCCACUUGACCCUACACUUGAGAACUCGUGAGGAGAACAACAAUAGCAUAAGAUAUUUGCUUCUACUGCGAUGCUGUUGAAUUUUUGGAAAUCUGUAUUGAAACAUUUUCCUAUCCAUGUCCUUGGACAAUUAAUCAGCAUAUCAUUAUUUGUGAGAAGUAUUCAAAUGUGUACUUCUAUAAAUGCAUGUGGUUUAUUUCCAAAAUCCCCCAAAAUAAAUUAUUUCUUUUGCAAUGAGGCCUGUCUAAGAUUCCCUCUCUGAGCAACAGACAUCACACCACUGAUCUCAGAGUCACCCCUCAAAGGCAAGAUCAGCAUUUGGUCACGUUGUUCAGGAUUUUGAAAGCCCUGACCACAAUUAGAACAUAUUUAUCCAGGCUAGCAUGUGUCAUCAUGCUGUAGCUCCCUGCAAGGUUGAACCUGUAGCGUGAACAUUAUUACAGUAAGCCCAGCUCACAUAUACACUGGCUUCACACAAAAUGCCUUUAGACUGUUCGGCAAACAGAGGGGAAACUAGCUCAGUUCAUCAGAGAAAGUGGAAAGGGCUCGCCCUGUAGAGUGCUUCUGCCCUACGGUAGGAGUUGAAGGUGCAUAGUUGGACCAGGGACAUUGCUCACUAUCUAGCCAAUAAAGAUUUCUCGGGAAGCACUUGGAGCUAAUAAUGGCUACAAUUUAAACACAAAACACAUAUCUGCAUUAUUUUUGUGAACUUGCCUUCAUACCAUUUUAACUCCGUCGGUCAUAAUUAAUUCAGCUGUACACUAGACAGAUUUCCAGGUGACCAUCGUCACUCCUUUUUUUGUCUGUUUUUCAAUCCAAUGUGGACUGGAAUCAGCCCAGCUUCGAGAGUGAAUGGGGCCCCAGUACAAGGUAAAGCAUGCUUUUCAAACAGCUGAGGCUCCCUAUAUUGAGUUCCCAUUUUUAUUGACCAAGGCAGGGUUUUAAAGGCCUUACAAUACAAUGCUAUACACUGUAUAAUUUUACCACUCUUGAAGUUUAUGAAUGUAAAUUCAGUAGCAUUUUAGAAUGUAAUCGAUAUGUCAUAACCAAGGCUUUUCUUCCAGAAAUUAAUACUUUUCACAUUAUGGAAUGUUUCUGAAAGCAUGUUCAAUAUGGUUGUAGUAGUGUACUUUUAUAAUUCAGCUUGCAAUGCAUUUAAUAAAUGUUAUCAAUCAAAGUCUCCAUCA